UUCGAACAUUUUAUAGCCGUUACACUCCCAAUCUCCUCGUUUAAAAUUCCAAACCGCCCAACUCACCAAACGCAUCAACUACUACCCCAAAUUUUCUAUCUCCAAUUUCUUCACCCUUCUCAGAUCGAUCAGGAAGCAGCAAGCAAAUCCAUCAUCCAUGGCACUCCGCGCGCUCGACAACACGCUGCCGAUGGCGUCGGCGGAGCGGCCCAAGAAGUUGCCCAAGCUGUCCGCCGCCGCCGCCGCCGUCGUCCCGGCGGCCUCACCCGAGGGGAAGAGGAAGAAGAACGACGAGAACUCGGCGCCCAAGGCCACAACGGAGCAGGCGGUGGAGUACGUCCGCUCCGAGGAUCUCCAGCCGGUGCCCCACCCCAAGGCCAAGGCGGCGGGGUUGGUGGCGGAGCUUGACUCCAAGGACUGGAUCCGGGCGUGCGACGCGCUCAACGACGCGCGCCGCCUCGCGAUCCACCACCCCUCCCUCCUCAACCCCAUCCUUGGCAAGGUGAUGCUGGCGAUCGUGAAGACGAUGAAGAGCCCGCGCAGCGCGGUGUGCAAGACCUCCAUCAUGGCGUGCACCGACGUGUUCGACUCCUUCGGCAACCUCCUCUCCUCCGCCUCCGACGACGCCUUCGACAAGCUGCUGCUUCAGCUGCUGCUGAAGGCGUCGCAGGACAAGCGGUUCGUGGCGGAGGAGGCGGAGAAGGCGAUGCGGGCGAUGGCGGCGUCGAUGCCUCCCCUUCCGCUCCUCAGGAAGCUCAAGGCGUACGUCCACCACGCCAACCUCAGGGUGAGGGCCAAGGCCGCCGUCGCCAUGUCGCAGUGCGCGUCGAGGAUGGACGUCGCGACGAUGAAGGAGUUCGGGAUGUCGGCGAUGCUGCAGGUGGCGGCGGAGCUGCUGAGCGACCGGCUGCCGGAGGCGAGGGAGGCGGCGCGCGGGAUGGUGAACUCGAUGCACGCCGCCUUCUCCAAGGAGGCCGCCGCGGCGAGGGAGGAGGAGGAGGGCGCCGCCGCGGCCGCGGCCGCGUCGUGGGAGAGCCUCUGCGCGCUCAGCUUGCCGCCCAUCUCGGCGCAAUCCGUCGCCAAGAUCGUCUCGCAGUCGCAGUCGCAGUAGCCAUCCGUCGCCAAGAUCAUCUCGCUGAUGGUUGUAGCUUUCGAUUUGAUUUGAUGGAUGGUUCGGCACGCACGCCGAGGCAUUCAACUGCUUUGGUUUAGUUUAGUUUAGCUUCGUUUGAGUUGCUUACCGUGAGGGGGGCGAUUUGUUUUUUUAUGUCUUUGUUUAUUAUUAAAGCAUGCUAUCUCGCAUGGUUGUUUGAAUACUAGUAGUAUUUUUCAUUUAGGAAUUGUUUAUGUUUAGACUUUGGAAUAACUCAAGUUGUAUCGUUUUGAUUGGGCUAUUCCUCAACGUGGUCUCAAAAUCAAAUUCUAUGUGCGAUGGCCCCCUUUCUUCGGAUUUA